AUGGCUUCUACGAGAAUAAGCGCGCCAAUGCGGGGCGUCACAUAUCAAUUGAGCAGACUGUCGAUACGGCAAGAUGCAUUGUCCGCUCGCUACACAAAAUCCCUAUCCUCGUUCGCCCGCUCAAUAUCAACCUCGACAGCAUCAAAAGCCUCUGUGUCAUCGAUAACUAGGUCUGUAAAUGAUUAUGUUCCCGUCAAACCCCUCGAGGACCAGACUGUGUUCGCGACGAUUCACCAAUUUCCUUCCCUUGAACCCCUCCGAUUCGAAUCGUACCCUGCGAACCACCUCCACCUCCCUACAAGAAGAGACAUUUUACACCGCGCUGUCAUCUACGAAGGUGACAUGACUCGAUUGGGUACCGCUUCGACAAAGACCAGACAUGAAAUCCGGGGUUCAGCGAGGAAGGUCAGACCGCAGAAAGGCUCGGGGCGCGCUCGUUUGGGAGAUAAGAAGUCACCUAUGCUAAGAGGUGGGGGUGUAGCGUUUGGUCCUCAACCUCGGGACUUCGCCACAGAUCUGCAGAAGAAGGUAUACGACUUGGCAUGGCGGACAGCACUCUCAUAUCGAUUCCGGAAAGGCGAGUUGAUCAUCGUGGACAAUGCGAUGGAAAUUGAGAGCCCCUCUACUCGGUUGCUAGACGAUAUCUUCAAGCACCACGAGAAGCUACGGGGGAAAGGCAGAAGUCUGCUGGUCACGCUGGAGGAGCGACCGCUGCUGGAGCAAGCGUUAAUAGAGAUGGAUCGUGGCGAACAGACACUCACGUGGGAAGAAGUCGACGUCAAGAACCUCCUCGAGCUCUCGCGCGUCAUCAUCGAGCGCGACGCUCUGCACAACAUCCUCCUCACCCACCAAGAAGACCUUACGCACAAAGCUAUCACCCCAUGGCACAAGAGCCUCAUCCGUUCCUCGCCCCCCGAAGAGCUCGAGUCAACAAUAGGCUGGCAAGAGUUCCGCGCUCUUUCCCUAACAGACCCCAAAGAGCACGAAGCCGCCCGUGCAGACGCCUACGAGAGUGUAGCAUCAACGCGCUAUGCAUAUGCCGAGUCCUUAUCCACAGGUCCCAAGCGCAAUGGACUCACUGUCUCAGCAUACAACCUCCUCGCCGAAGCCAAGGAACUCCAAUUCGCUCAAAAGACUGGCUUACCUUUCCGCGAGUACACUUCUCUCAUCGAUGGCUUGGACGCUUCGGAAGUUGCCUCGUCAUUUCCCCGUAUACAAGCCCUGGAUUACCAAAUCAAUGUCAAGAGCGACCUCGCUGCCACCGCCGCGGAGACGUCGAGGCUGAAGGGCGAGGAACUCAUGAUCGACGUGCGGGAGCUUGAAGUGCAGAAACUAGAGAUCCAGUACGAAGCCGCGCUGCUCUCUGCGCAAGUUUACGAGCACGUCGCAGAGGCCCAAUCACUAGCCGCCGAAGAGAUCGCUGCGGAGGACUCCUUGAGUUUAGCUAGUUCAGAGCGCACGAAUGUCGAUAUGCUAGAGUUGCAGAUGCUGGAGGCGAGACUUGAGGUCGCUAAGCAGAAGUUCUUAGUAGCGGGCCUGAAGAACGAUUUCGCUCGACAGAAGAAGGCACAAGAGGAGGUUAGGCAAUGCACGGAGCUUGCGGAGGCCAAGCGUGCAGAGGUAGAAGCUUGGGAUGCGCAGAUGGCAGAGCUUGGAGAAGUUGAAGCGGAGGUGCCGGCAGAGGUUGAAGAAUCAAGAACAGAGCCAGUGGUAGAGGCCAAGAAGGAAGAGAGGAAGUAG